UAUGAACGAAUGCUAAAUGUUUUAAAUCAAAAUUAAGACGAUUAGAUUUAUCACUUAAAUAAGAUAAAGGUCUGGUAAGUAUUAUAAACUAAUUUAGGAGUAAAGUAUGGAAAUUGUAUAGCUUAAAAUGAAAUUAUAAGAAUAAGAAAAUGUUCUCUAAAAUCCUUCAUAAUUAAAGAAACAAAUUAAAUUAUUAGAGAGUAAAAAGAAAUGAUUGCAUAUUAUUAAUUUUAUUAUUAAAUGAUAAUUGAAAUUAAAAGAAAUGAGGAUCUUUUGGUUAUUUGUAGAAUCUGCGAGAAAAAAGUAUCAAUAACUUAAUGAAAACUUAGUUAGAUGCUCAUCUCAUUACAAAUCAUCUCACUAAUUGCUAAUAAAUUUAUGAAACAAAGAUGUUAUUAUAAGAAUUGAAUUGUUAAAUCCACAAAUUAGCAGAAUUGGCUCAAAAUAGAUUUCGUACAAUCAAUACUAAAUAUUAAAUACAUAAAGCAAAACAAACAAGAUAAAAUCUUUAUGAAAAUGGAAAGAGACAAUCAGUUUCUCUUAAUUAACUUUAAUUAGAUGGCUCUAUAAGUGAAGGUACAGGAUCAAAAACAAAUAAGGCUUCUCAUUAAAUUACAGGAAAGUCUCAUUUUGCACUUAUAGGAGCUUAAAAUAAGGUUAAGAUGCAUGCAGAAUCUGAUUAAAUAGUAGAGAUGCAAAAUAAAGAUUAAUCAAAUUAAAAAGAAUUAUUUGAAUAGGAUUAAGAAAUGAAUCUAAAUUAAAUUAAUGGAAAAAAAUGGGUUAAAAAGCAGUACAAUCAUUCUCCUUAAUAAGAAAUUCUUUAAGGUAGUUCACCUAGUUCAAACGGUAUGGAUAGUCCAUUCUCAUUAGAGUAAGUAAUUCUGAAAUUAUUAAAAUUAGCGAUAAUAUUGACAUUCUAAAAGAUUUAAGACAAUAAUUAAAUUGCCUUACAAUUAUUAUCAAGUAUACUGAAGAAACUAUUAAAAUAAAUAGUGGUACAUAAUCGAUUUAAUUUGAUCUAAAAACAUAGGUUAAUUUAUUGAAUAUAAAGAAUUCUUUAGAAAAAGAACUAUAAGACAUUGUUAAAUUAGCAUUAAAGUUGAUUGAAGUACAUAUUAAAGUAAUUAUUAUCUAUAGGAAAGAGUUUAAUACACUUAAAAAAUAUCAAGAUUAUAAAAAUUAAUUUCAGAAGAAGAUAAAUAAGAUAAUAUUAAUUCUCCUUUAGGAUAUAAAUAAAAUACAAAUACAGAAAAUAUUAGAUCUCCAAAUAGAAGUUCACUUAUAUAAAAUUGUGAGAAAUUUAAGUGGUUAAAUAAAUAAAAUGUAUAAUUAUUCAAUUAAAUUAAGAAUAAUAUUAUUAGAGAUAGUCCUUUUAAAAAAAGUUCAAGUGAUUUUGGAGAUGAAGAAAACAAUUCUUAAUCAGAUGAAAGUGAAGAAAUUAGAAAAUUGAAUAGGGGUAGUUCAGAUGAAUCCUUUGAAGUAGAUAAUUCUUCUUAAAAAUCAAAAAAUAAUAUAAUAUCAUUUAAAGCAUUAAAUUUAGAUGAUCAAAUAUAAGAAUAAUAAUUUGAUAAUGCAGAGGAGAAAGAUAAAGGAUAUUAUAGUGAUGGUGAUAUCAAAAUAAUGAAGAUAGCUAAAAAUAAAUAAUUGUAAUUAUAUAAAAAUAGAAAAUUUUAGAUUAAAUGUAACAUUAUAAGACUUUGAAUUUAUAUAAGUUUUAGGAGUUGGUGGUUUUGGAGCAGUUUGGUUGGUAAGUAAGAAAAAAACAAAAGAUUAUUAUGCAAUGAAAGUAAUAGACUGUCGUAAUAAAAAUAUGAGUGAGAUAUAAAAUUUAAGAGCUGAGAAAAAUGUUUUUGAAAUAUUAGAAGGUGACUUUGUAGUCAAAGCUUAUUAUUCAUUUAUUUAAGAUCAAUGUUUAUUAUUUUUAUUAGAAUAUAUGAUGGGUGGUGAUUUUAGUUAAGUUUUAUUUUAAUAUGGUAGAUUAUCAGAAUAAGUUGCAAAAUUCUAUUUAGCAGAAUUACUUUUGGCAAUUGAAUCAUUGCAUAAAAAAGGAAUAAUUCAUAGAGAUCUUAAACCAUAGAAUAUUUUACUUGAUUCUUAAGGUCAUAUAAAAUUAGCUGAUUUUGGAUUAUCAGAGAUAGCAUUAGUAUAAAAAAUAAAAGAUGGAAAAGAUGGAAUAAAUUUAUCAAUUGAUCCAGAUAUAUUACCAUAAAAUGUAUCAAAAAGACAUAUAAAAAUUAAAUGCAAUUUAGAAUUUCAUAUGUAAAAGUUUCCAAGCAAAAACAGUAUUUAAGAAAAAUCAUCUUCAGGAAAAAGAUAGAAUAGAAUAAUAGGAACUCCAGAUUACAUUCCACCUGAAGUUAUUAUUGGAUAAUCUAUAUCCAAUUUUUCAAUAGAUUGGUGGUCAUUUGGAGUAAUAAUGUAUGAAUUUUUGGUUGGGAUACCUCCAUUCAAUGACAAAAGUAUUCCUAAAGUAUUUGAAAAUAUAACAAUGAGAUCUAUAGAAUGGCCAGAAAUAGGAGAUGGUGA